UCGAGCAGCCGAGGCACCGAGUGGGGACUCCUUCUGUCUCUUUCUCUCUCUCGAGCGGUCUCUCUCCUUCUCGACCUAGCAUGAGCCAAAAGCUGUGCCUGUAAUACGAGAGAAAGAGAACGUUCGAGUCAGAAGAGGAUAGGUCGAGAAGAAGAGAGACCGCUCGAGAGAGAAAAAGACAGAAGAAGUUCCCACUCGGCGCCUCGGCUGCUCGACGCAGGCCGAUAAGUGGGGAGAAAGUGCCAACGGGUGCUAGCGAGUGCUGUUCUUUCUGGCAGCGGUGUGCUGCAAAUCGGCGCAUCAGCGGCAACUCUGCACUCUAGUGCAGGAAUAGAAAACAAGCCUAUAGUUAAAGUAUACGACGCAUUGUAGAACCGGCCUUAACCAUGGGGUUCUCGCCAAAUGCUCCUUCCUGAUUGUAGAACCGGCCUUAAAUGUUCGAAAUUUGACAGCGGGAAAAGUGUCGGUACUUGCUUGCUUGAGGCAAUGUGCAAGAAUCAACAAUUUUCCGAAAUAAGUAUUACGCAUUAUAAUUUAAUAUACAAUGGAUAAUAAUAGUACGAAUUUUCACAAUAUCGUGGAUAAUAUCGAACAUGAUCAGGUAAAAAAAUCAAUGAUAUUACUAAAACAAAAAAUGUGUAAGACAGACAAUUUAAUUAAGAAGUAUUGUGAAAACAUAAAAGAAAUUAAUCAUUUAAAAUAUGAUUUGGAUGUUGCAAAGAAAGAAACUAAACAUAAUAUAUCCAAUUAUACGUCUGCCAUGGAUAAAAUAAGAGAAUUAGAACUUAAGAAUGUAAAUGAUAAAAAAAAUAACGAAAGAUUAGUAAACAAAAUAAGUGAAUAUGAGAUAACUAUAGAUGCAAAUGAAAAAACUUUUCAACAAUUAAAUUGCAAAAUAAAAGUCUUGGAAGAUGAACAUGCUGCCAAACUUAUGGAAUAUAAUCUACAAAAGUCAUCUUUCGAAGAUAAAAUUAAAGAUUUGGAAAGUGAAUUAAAAAAGCUAAAAUCAGUAUCCAAAAAAAGAGAAAAAACGAAAAUUUCUGCAGAUUUUGAUACUACUAAAACAAAUAUAGGUACGAAAUCAAGUUCAGAUAUUGGUAUUAAUGUAUCAUUGUGUGAUAAUCAACCGAGUACGAAAUGCGAAGUACAAGAUAAAAAUAUUAUGACUGACGAAUUUUAUAACAUGAAAGAUGAUCCACAUCCAUUGUUUUGUGCAAAAUGUGAAACUCAUUUGUCCCCAGAUGAAACUCCUGAGGAAAUAUACAAAACCAUGACUGCAUAUCCAAAAUUAAUUGAGAACUUGUCUUCUUCUCCACCGAAAAAAAUUUAUUCACCGCCACGUUUAUUAUCCAGUGCAUUUUCAGAUCCCACGAAUAAAAAUGAAGGCGCUCUUUCUAGAAUAUCAUUUAUGUCACAUCGUCCAUAUAGCCCAUAUAAUGAUUUAACGAUUGGCAAUUCUAAAUCAGGACGAUCAUCCGCGAUGACACAAAUCAGCGAAAAUGUUGAAUUUAGAAAUGUACAUACGCCGAUUGUCAAUCAAUCCAGUUCGAUUCUUCCAACGUUUACCUUGUCUCAAAAUAGGAAUCGUGCAAGGGAGGAUUUAUACUCUGACGAUUUAAUAGCUAAGCAUUCUUUGUCUAUUAAAGAAUUGGAAAGGAAAAUUCGGUCAUUAAAGAGUAAAGUAAAAAAGUUAGGAAAACUGAAGGAAAAAGUAGAUAUCAGUUCUUGUCGUUGCAGUUGUAAGAACGACAUUUCGCUAAAUUCGAAUCUGAUUUCUAUAAUUUGUAAAUCUGUGGCAGAAUAUUACAGUGAGAAAAGAGAAAUAUGUUCUACACAUGAGCAAAAUAUUGAUUCGGAAAAAUGUACUUGUUGCGCAAAAAAAACUAAGCUAGAAAGGAGACAACACUCGAUAUGUGCACGUGAAAAUACAUUUUCGCAGAAAAUUGAAAAUAUUGAAAGGUAUCAAGAACGAGAUAUAUUUUGUAAUAAAACCGAGACAACGACUGAUACUUUACAAUCUACAUCUGAGGAUAUAUUGCCCGUGCAUGAGAAUAAUACAUUUUUGAAUAUGAAUACAUCCAAUAUGUCUCUCAAUGACAUUGAUGAAUCUGACAAAAGAGAGUUUUAUGAAGAACAAACUGUUCUUCAUGAGAAAAAUACUUUGCAUUCAGCGGAAUUAGCAUGUGCCGAAGAUAAUUUAACAAUGUCACGUUGCGCUGACAAAGUAUACGCAAGUGAAGAUCAUCUUUUAAACAAAGAUAAUCUAGAGGUUCUUAGUAUAGAUAACCAGUUAGAAAUUGCUUGUGCUGAUGACAAAAUUGUUGAUAUUAAUGCAGAAGAACGUAAAAUAAAGAGGAAAGGUCAAAAUGUGCAUAAAGGUAAAAUUGGUGAACGUUUAUUAAAGAAUAUUCGGAACUUGAAGAGAAAGUCGCAAGUAAUUCCGCGUAUAAAUAAACACGAAAAUGUUGAAUCAUCUUUAGAACAUAUCUCUGAAUGUAGUGAAUUACCGAAAAAAUUGCGAAUUGAAAAUGAAGAAGAGACUGACGAUAAGCUAGAAAAUGUUAGAAAUUUAAAGAGAAAUUUAAAUUUACAAGAAAAAUCUAUGAAUAAACAAGAAGACGACAAAUUAUGCUCAAACCAGUACGAACCAGCGAAAAAAUUACGAAUUGCACAUACCCCAAAAAUAGUUUCUCAAUCGAGCAUUAAUGAAAAUGAUUCUACACACUGCGUGAUAAGAAAUAUGGCUACUCUAUUAGUAACUCGACAAAAAGAUAAUGGAAGUUUGAUAAAACGACACAUAGAUACACGUCGAAAAGAUAAUUUGUUAAUUGAAAACAAGAAGAGUGGUAUAAAUAACAAAUGUGAUGAGAAGAAUGUUGUCGAUUCUAUCGAAACAAAUAGUACUGACGGAAAGUUUAUAAACGAAAAAGAUUUGACUAGUGCCAAAGAUUGUCUUCGAAAUAAUGAUACUUUACCUGUUACCAACAUUGAACAGGUUUUUAAAAUUGAGGUAUGUGAUGACGUCUCGGUUGAAGAUAGAAGCAAUACAGUUUCAGUAAACGGAGUAAAAGGAGAGACAUCAAACAACGAAGCGAAUAUGAUACAGGAUAAUAUUGCAAAUGAUACUGCGCACAAUACAGAACUUGAAGAAUCAAUUCCAUUGGAAACUAGUACUCAAUCGGAGUUGAGUAUUCUCUGUAAGAAUUCAAAAUAUGACAAGUUUACCGAAGCAUUGGAAACUGAAACCGGAAAAGAGACAACGCCGAUCAUUGAAUUAGAACAUGCUUAUGCGUUAUUUGGAAAUAAGAGUUCUAACGAUCACAAGACAUCAAAGGAUGUGAUUUUGAGUGAUGAAUCGUCGGUGUUGCAUGGUCGAUCAAAGACUAUUAAGGUUCGAACUAAAAACGCACGCGUAAGUCAACAGGAUAAAGAAACGGAAUUUAUGAAUAUUUCUUAUGAUGAGGAAUCUCAGGCGCCAAUGUCACGAUUAAUUAAAUUUAUUAACAAGAAUCGUGUCAAAAAUUCCAAGUUGCCAAUUAAAAAAUUAGAAUACAUUCGUAAAAUAACAGAUGACUUUGUAAAGAAGCAAUUACACAGACUUAUCAACAAUACCUGGGAAAAUUCUAUACACGAAGAUAUACUAGAAAAAUUAGGAAGUACUUGCGGACCUCGUGUUAUAGCCAAAUGUAUACUGGAGUUUUUAAUGGAAGAAGUCAAUCAUAGUGAUGAUCUAGAUAAAUCAUUUACUCCUCCAGCACCACCGAUGACGACAUUUGAGCAGAAAAUUGUAACGUUAUUAAUCGAUCUAGAAGUGUUGAAACCAAUGGUGAUUUAUUUUGUGUUAGCCGCCAUUGAAUAUCAUCUGUUUAGACUUAAUAGUGACGUACAGGCCGAGGUUGACUCGUUCACACGGAUAUACGUCGUCCUGUCGCGUAUUCAAAAGGAUAGAGAAAGAGUACGCAUGAUGUGCUGCAAUGCUCUUUAUUGUAUGGGAUUAAAAUCAAUACGCGUUUUGUAUACAAUAUUAACGUCCUGGACGGAAGUUCUUCCAAAUGCCGAGGAAACUAAUAAAGGAAUAUUACCAAAAUGCAUAUCGUUCCUUAUCAGUUCACAAAUAAUUAGUAAUUCUUCCGAGAGUAAAAGGUCAUUAUUUCAGAAACUAUAUACAUUAAAAUCUUUGCUAAGAAGAUAUUAUAACUACACUUUUACUCAGGAAACAAUUGAUAUUCUUAAUGAAGUUAUGACUGCUCUUAAAGCUGAACGGACCGAUGGCUUGGAUACAGCCAUUAUACUCCUUGCGAAGAGGGAAGGAUCGUCUUGGACAUAUAAAAAUAUUAUUCAAUCUGCUUUAUUGCCAAUGAUCCUUAAAAAUGAGCAUCCCUGUACAUAUAGUGCAUUUGCCUUACUCGGAAGGCUUCUGCGCGCAUUUCCGUCACAAGAUGAAGACAAUACUGUGCAAGAGAUCGGUGAACAGCUCCGUGACCUCAUGCAGUCUGGUGAAGGUUCACAUGAUCAACAAGAAGGCGUAGUGUCUGCAUUGCUCAGUCUCUCUAGACAUAAAUUUCAUAUCGCAUUAUCCAUAAUGACGUGGAUGCCGAGUAAAUCUUUAAGACCAGUUGUUGACAUGCAGUUACAGGCAUUUAUAGAAGGACGUAAAUCAACGUUUUGGAAGAAUUAUUUAAAGAAAAGUGGUUUUAAACCAAAGUAAAAUGUGAGACGCCAAUUAAAUUGAAUUAGAAAAAUAUUUGUAUCUUUUAAUUAAUGUGUAAUCUGCUGGCAGUUUACAGCUUAGAUCUAAUUAAGCAGAAUUACAAUGAGAAAUAAGGCAUUGAUUACAAAUAUGACGCGUAAGCCUUCAUUUGCACACAUCUUUCGGAUCUUGAUGUAGUACACAAGUGCGAAUUCGCACCGCAUAACUUUUACAGUUCAUAAUAAUACUUACAAUAAAACUAAUUUUGUCUUUUUAAUUUGAAAAAAAAGAGUAAGGAAUGACUUUGCUUCAGUAUAGUGUCGAACAUUAUUAUGUUAGUUCAAAAGCCAUUAAAUUGAAAACUGUUGAAAAAACAGCAGAUGUAAAAAAAAUGCUGAUGCGAAUUCGUUUCUAUGUGUAAACCAUGGGGGAUUAGAAAAAGCAUUGUGGUGGUAUGAAUGUUGUAAUCAAAAGUGCAUAAUGGGAGACCGCCUAUAACGCGUUUUUUAUCAUAAAUAGUUGAUAUAUACUGAGCAUUCUUAAUCCUUGCAAUGCUCAUGUAAUCAUUUCAUCCUUGUUGUUUGCUAAAUAUUAAACAAGGAUGAAUAAGCUUGCGAGUGUUAAGUGAAUGCGCCGCCUACUCUAUAGCAUUUUAUUUUGGUUGCCUACCACCUACUAGUAUAACACUUAGAUAUUGUUUCCAUGGCUGAUGGUGGCGAAUUUUAUUCGGUGUAAUGUAUUUCAUGUAUUUCCGUGGUUUUGGUGUAGUGCAAAUUUUAUGUACGAAGUGUGAUAUCGUUGCACCGUCUCGAUGGGGUGGUAUAGAGCGUGUUGUAACCAUGCAGUGCAGUACAGCAUUUACAUGCAAUUGAUGCAGUGCAAGCAAGUUAUAUCAAGCACGCAUUCAAUACCAAAAGAAAACGCUACUCGUAUCUAGUAUCCAUCUUGAUCCAAUAAUAAUUAAAUUUGAAAUCUUUACAUAAUUCAAAAUAUAUUUUUUAAUAUUUAUGAUUCUCUAUAAGAAAAUUAUUACGAUGCAAUAAUCGCUGAAAUUCGAUAAUCUCCUUCAGUUUAUUUCUAGUAGCAGCCAUCUUGGACGCUUAUUGGAAUUUAUACUCCCACUGCAAUGCUCUCUUCAGUCCUCUAUGGUGCAAACGAAAAGUUAAUGCUUAAAAAUUUCAGAUACAAUUCAAACAUGUAUUACUUUUGUAAUUACAGAUUCCAUGUUGAGUUCUACGUUACAUUUGUCGCUCACAACGCUUGCAGUAUUUGUCCUUGUUUGAACAAUAAAUUUUAUUUAAAGAAUAAGGAUGAAAUAAUAUUUAUAAGCUAAAAAGUAUAUAACGGGUGUAAUUUUGCAAUUUACAGUAAUUUGUUGCAUUAAUACAAUGUUAAUAUUUAAUUUCUUUAUAGAGAUUUCUCUAUUUAAUAUUAUAUUAAUUCACAUAUUGUAUUUUUUUUUAAAUGUGGAUUACUUUUUUUUUAAAUGCACACUGUAUAAUUCUACAUUUUGUUGAAGAGUCGUUUUUUAGUUUUAGUAUCUAUGUGAGAAUUACAAUUUAUUUUAUUAAAAUGUUUCCUUUGUUUGAAACAAGUGAUUUCUUUUGUAAAAUAUAUAAAUAUUAUAAAAUUGUUACGUC